GUGAGCUUAAAGUCACUUGAACAUGGACUUGUUAGUUUGUGGAGUGUUCAUUGUGUUUAUGCACGUCACCUCUCUGCACCCAGCCUUGAUCACUGACAACACAGAUUCACUCCAUCAAGUUUUGUCAGAGUUUAGUGUCAUUCGUCCAAUCAGAACCAACUCGCUGGGCCAUUUCCUGUCCGCAUCGGUGUCUGCCCAGUUUGUGCACCGCAGAAAAAGACACGCCCACUCACCUUACUCACACAAGCAGCAAAGUGACACAGGAAAUGCAUCAUGGAUGAGGCAGGAAGCACAGCUUUUCUACAACGUAACGGUGUUUGGGCAAGAACUGCACCUGCAACUGCGUCCCAAUCGCCGUCUUGUUGCCCCUCAUGCGACAAUGGAAUGGUGGGAGGAGUCAGGAUCCAAGCGUUCACAGCCAAUAGGUGACAGCCGCUGCUUCUACACAGGAGAGGUGACCAACAUGGAGGACUCCUCUGUUGCCAUUAGCAACUGUGACGGACUGGCUGGAAUGAUCCGCACAGUGGAAGAGGAAUUUUUUAUUGAGCCGUUGUAUCGAUGGGGAAUUGAAAGUGAUGGUAAAGAGGGUGAGGAAGGAGGAAGACAACACAUCAUUUAUCGAACAUCAGCCAUCAUCAACACAAAACCGAAUGUCACACAAAGUGAUGACUUUCUGCCAGCACCUCUCUUAGGUUCUUCAGGUGUGCUGAGGUCCAAUUUUGCUUCAGGUCGCCAGCGACGCUACAUUGAAGAAGCAGAAGUGUUCAACAUUGAGGUCUUGUUAGCCGUGGAUUAUUCUGUCCUUCUAUUCCACGGACAAGAGCACGUCCAGAGAUACCUUCUCACCCUGAUGAACAUUGUCAAUGAGAUCUAUCAAGAUCAUUCUCUGGGUGCCAACAUCAAUGUUGUUCUCGUGCGAAUCAUCAUGCUGUCGCCAUCAAAGUCCCAGGAGCUCAUCUCAGUGGGCAAUGCCCAGAAGAGUCUGGAGAAUGUCUGUGGCUGGUCCUACCUGCAACAGAGGGACCAGAACCAUGACCAGCAGCAUGACCACCUCGUCUACCUGAGCAGACGCGAGUUUGGACCCUCAGGCAUGCAGGGCUACGCUCCAGUUACGGGAAUGUGCCAGUUGCAUCAGAGCUGUGUUCUGGUCUUUGAGGAUGGUUUCUCGUCUGCCUUCGUUGCUGCUCAUGAAAUUGGCCAUGUGUUGGGGAUGGAACAUGAUGGUGAAGCCAACGAGUGCGAUGACGAUGUGUUGUUGGGCAGCAUCAUGUCUCCAAGAGUUCAGGCCACCUUCUACCGCUACCACUGGUCCAGGUGCAGCUGGAGUGAGCUCCACAAGUACCUACACACAUACGACUGUCUCCGGGAUGACCCAUUCAGCCCUGACUGGCCGACUCCGCCCCUUUUGCCUGGGUUUCAGUAUUCCAUGGAGCAACAAUGUGGCUUUGACUUUGGCCCAGGAUCCGGUACCUGUAGCGCUUAUCCCAACUUGGAACCUUGUAAGCAGCUGUGGUGCAGUGACUACAACAAUCCUUUCUUCUGCAAAUCCAAGAAGGGUCCACCUCUGGAUGGGACACCAUGUGGACAAGGGAAGCACUGCUUCAAAGGAGUCUGCAUCAAGUUGACCCCUGACCUUCUGAGACAAGAUGGUGGUUGGGGACAGUGGAGCCCUUUUGGCAGCUGCUCCAGAACCUGUGGGGGCGGGGUCCGAAUUCGGACACGGAACUGUGACAGCCCACCUCCAGCCAAUGGGGGGCACACCUGCUUUGGAAACAGUUACGAGUUCCGGCUGUGCAACCGAGAUGAGCAGUGUCCACCUCUGGCUGACUUCAGGGGGGAGCAGUGCCAAGUUUGGGAUGAAUUUUUGGAACAUGAAGGAAGAAAACAUCACUGGCUGCCCAUCGAACACGCUGACCCUGACGAACGGUGUCGUCUCUUCUGUCAGUCCAAUGAGACGGGGGUGGUGGUUUCCAUGAAGAGAACCGUGCAUGAUGGGACACAGUGCUCGUACAACGAUGCCUACAGCGUGUGUGUGCGAGGAGACUGUGAGCAUGUAGGAUGUGAUGGUCUGAUCGCAUCCGACCAGCAGGAGGAUCGAUGUGGGGUUUGCGGAGGAGACAAUUCUAGCUGCCAGCUCAUUAAAGGAAAUUUCACUCGCAGUGCAAACAAAACAGGAUACCUGAAGAUCCUGGAGAUUCCACGGGGGGCACGGCACCUCCUGGUUCAGGAGUUCAGGAGGACUCCCCACGUCCUCGCGCUGAAGAACCAGGAAACGGGUCACCUCUUCCUGAAUGACGAAGACGCUGUCCCGGUAUCUCAAGUGCUGGUAGAGAAGGCGGUGGCCUGGAAGUACACUCACAGUGAGGAGCAGGAAGUGGUCCAGACCACGGGACCAUUAAAAUAUGGGGUUGUACUAAUGGUACGUUCCCAUGGCGAUGCCAAGGUAACAGUGUCCUACAAGUACAUCAUCCAGGAUCACCUGCGGUCUUCACUAGAGUCCAACCUUGUGCAGGAGGACACAAUCUUCUACGAGUGGGCGCUCGAGAAGUGGUCUAAGUGCUCCAAAACCUGUGGAGGAGGUACAGUGGUAGGUGGUUGCCAUGGAAACAAUGCAGUUGACACCUUCCUCUGGUUGCCAGGGAAACAGUACACAAGGUUUGCCUGCAGGCGUAAGGCAGACGGGAAGAUGGUUCAGAGAACGUUCUGCUCCAACAUCAACAAACCCAGAGCCAUCAGCCGCAAGUGUAACGCCAUCGCCUGCAGCUGGCCACGCUGGGUGACUGGAGGAUGGGAGGCCUGCAGCUCCUCUUGCGGACAGAGCGGAUGGCAGCGUCGCUGGGUGGGCUGCCAGCAGGAAUCUGACGGGGGCAGGUGGCGCUCUGUCAACAGCGAACUUUGCGGGGACCGUCGGCCAGACUCCAAGCGAGCGUGCAACCGCUUUGUGUGUCCUGCAGCGUGGCGGGCAGGACCGUGGACACCGUGUUCUGUCACCUGUGGCAACGGCACGCAGGAGCGUCAGGUUGCUUGCGUGAAGCCAGAAGGUUCUUCUGACACCUGCAGCACGGCUCCUCCAAUCACCAACCGCACCUGCCGAGCACCAUCUUGCGGCUCUGACCAGAAGAACUUCAUUGUCCAAUGGCUGUCCAGGUCCAGUGCAGACGUGCCACCUCUAAAGACCACAACCAGUGACAGAGACUCCUCUUAUUUUCUGCACCUGUCUUAUUGUGUUCUCACUUCGUUCAUCACAGUCAUUCUUUCUCCAGGUCUGCGUUGCCGUGGCGACCGCUCAGUGUUUUGCCGAAUGGAGUCACUGAGUCGCUAUUGUUCCAACUCUGCUUACAGACAAAUGUGCUGCAAGUCGUGCAGCAACUUCAGUGGCAGCGCCAACAUCAGCAUGUCCACCACAGCGCCGUCACGACCAAGCCCCUCCCCCAGCAGUGGCACUACACACGCCACUUUGACCCAAACUUCACUCCCCAGCAGCACCGAUUUUGUUUACGUUGAUUACGAUGAAUAUUUUUCCUACGUGGAUGCUGCGCUUGUCACUUCAACGCCUCCUGACGGGAAAACUGCGCCUCCGUAUUCCCUAGUGGACAGCACUCCCACAGUUGCUAUGGUAACCAUUGAUGCGCAAGCAUCCCUAACACCACUCAUGGAGACAUCUGUUGCACCACACAGUGAGACCACCCAGUGGGCAUCAUCAUCAGAAAUAAGUGGGAGACAGAGGGGACGCAAACCUGAUCAUCAAACCUCUGCAUUUUUGAUGAAGUCCACAAAGAAGGAGAACAACUCUAUGGGUGAGGUUUCUUACGGCAUUGUGGGAUUGGACAGCGACACCACCAGGAGCCAGCAGAGCUACUUUGUGCCCCGUAUGCCCCCUUUUCGGGAGCGGACGCAAAACAAACGCAUCCAAGAGCUUCUGAAUGAGAGGCUGAAGAGACCCACCCGCCGCAAUGGGGCAGAGCAUAAACACGGCGGUUUAUAGAGCACUAACCCUAGCACAGGGUGCUGGUCCACAUUCAUGGAGGUCGUCUGCAUGAGUGUAAUAAAGUCUCAACUCAAUUACUGUAUGCACAUAAAUAUUGUCACUGUGAAAUAGUAUCUGGAAAGUCAUGUUCUAGUAAGUCAUUUUUCUUUAAAGAUAAUGUGGAUAAUUGUUGUUUGUUAAAUGAUUUGGUUCUCUCCUUGUUAACUAAUAAUUGUUUCAUGAUACAACUCAGUGACAAAUAAA